AUGAUAAAUAAGAUAAAGAAAGAGGGAACAAGUCUUGAAAUCAUCAAUAAUACUUUCAAGCCUUCACCAACUCCGUAGCCAUUUGCAUCAACAGUUAUGAGCCCUCCCUUAAUUACAAAGAAACAGGUCAAAUAGCUAAGGAAGCCGAUAAUCAUCUGGCAGCUAUUCAAUGAAUUAUUACAAGAAAAAAGCCCACUAGCAAAGAUAGUUGAAUUUAUCAAUAACUCCUUCAACACAUUAUAGUUUAUGAAAUAAGAAAGCUAAGAGAGGCUCAAAUAUGAGAAUCAAAUGAAGAAUAAAAGAUGCUAGAGGAGCUUAUGCCGAUAAACUAGUCAUAAUCACGAAGAAAUAGCAAAGACACCUCUCAGUGCCAAGAAUUAGAACACUGCUAAUUAUUCUAGUAAAAAUCAUGGAUUCAGUAAUAGUAUCUAAUGGAGACUAAGAAAAGAUUUGAGUAAUCAGCAAACUCCUGAAAGAGUUCAGUAAGGAUACGCUAGUUUAUCCCAAAGUGCAAUCCAAUCUAAAUAAAAGCUUAAUAAAAGUCAAUCAAACAUUUUCAAUAAUUCUUGUCUUAAGAAGAACAAUCAAAGCUAAGAAUUUACUCUAGGUGUUCCACUAACUAAGUCUUAAACUCUUAAAGAACUGCAAAGAAAUCAAUAUUUGCACUAUUUAUACAUGGGUGCAACAGGCGUUGCUAAGCCUUCUCCAAAAAUUGGUUAAGCAUUAGGUCCCUUAGGUAUAAACAUGAUGUAGUUCUGCAAAGAAUUCAACGAAAGAACUUCAUAAUACAAUCCAGAUAUUCCAAUGAGAGUAUUGCUUAAAGCGUAUAUAGACAGAUCUUUUAAAUUCCAAGUGAUGCCUCCUCCCACUUCAUGGUUUAUUAAAAAAGCUUCUGGACUCCCCAAAGGUAGUGACAAGCCAGGUUAAAAUGUUGUUGGUCGUGUUAGUAUUAAAUAUCUAUAUGAGAUAGCAAAGCUAAAGCAAGAAGUAGAUCCAACUUUAAGACAACAUGAUGUAGAGGGAAUAACUAAAAUGGUCAUUGGUACAGCUAGAGCUAUGGGAUACUAGAUUGUUGAAGACACUCUUCCUCCUGAACCAAUAAGAGUCGAACUUUGA